AUGGUGUUACCAUCACCGAAUCCCCCAUUAUCAUCAUGGGAGUACAGCCUCCAACUAAUCUGUAUACCUGAGAGGAGGAACCUGAAGCUGGCUCAGAAGUGGCAAAGAGAGGUGGGCUGUGCAGAAUCCCGAGCGGACAAGGUCCAGGUGGAGCUAACAGAGGUUUUAUCAGAGGUGGAAAGAUUGAGGAAAACUGCGAGAGAGCAGGGGCGCCUAAAAGAGAAAUUUCAACGGAUGGAAGAAUCUGAGGUUGAAAUGGCUUUAAGAAGAGAGAACUCCCAGCUGAAAAAUCAACUUGCUGCUUUAAAUGAACACAGCAGAAAUAUGGAUAGUCUCAAAGCAAGGUGCAAUGUGAUGAAAAAAGAGGUAGUUGCAUUUGAAGAAUUGGGCAGGAAGAAAACAGAGGCUGAAUUGCUGAUAGCUCCAUUAAAGGCAAAGCUAUCCAGCCUGAUUCAGAAAUGCCAUCGUAGGAACAGUCUGAUUAUACAGUUGGUGAGGGAACUCUACCGACAUGGCUUUACUAACACAGGGUUGAUUGAAGAGGCUGAGGACAUGCUGAAUGACACGGCAAUCCUGGAGUAUACACGCACCUUUCUGUCAUUAGGCAACCAACAGGGGAACAUGAACACUAAUUCAAUCCCAGCUGGAACUCCUAAGCAAGAACAAGACUUGAAUCCUUGGUUUCUGAGCUCUCUGUUGCGUGAAAGGCAAGCUUUUCUGCAUUCCAGUGCAGCUGUAACCUACAGACCACAUGUAGCUAUUGCUGAUUAUCGUCCUUAUUCGAACAUGCCCCACACGGUGCUGCCAGUGCUGCCUCUUUCUGUUGGCGAUGUAGUGUUUGUCAGCGGGAGCCCUGACAGGCACGGAAUGUAUGUUGCUGAAGUGAAUGGGCAACUGGGGCUGGUUCCAGCCCGGUUUGUGGAAGACGCUGACAGCAUCCUUCAUCUGCACACAACUAGGAACAAACCGACUGCUCGUUACAGGGUGAGCAGCCCAGAGAGGAGUACAACAUCAUGCCAAUCACCCCGGAACACAUACAGCAACAAUGACCAGGUAGCACCUUCUGUAGCAAAUUCUAAUGCAGAUUACAAUUUGCUGUCUAUUCCUUGCGUGAGCCACAAAGAUGCACCUCAGUCUUUUCUAUCAAGGUCACAUGAUAACAUGGAAAACUUCAACUUUGAGGCAUGUGGGAAAACCACAGGAAAAGGGCAGGAGGAAGGACAUCACCCUGAAUCUGCUGAGCAAUUUCACUGGACCCCACGGGACGGCUGUGAGAUCUCUUAUGGAUGGGCUUGCAAUGAUAGAGGUGACCAGAAAAGUAUAUUGAACUCUGGUGAAAGUACAAGCAGCGCACUUCCAGAAGUGACAACAAGAAGUGGUCUGUCAGAGAGAAUGGUGUCAACUCUUAAAGGUCAUAACAUCAAACAGAGGGCAGCAGCUGAAUUGCAGGAUGGGAAACGAUCAACGAUGGCCCAAGAGCCCCCCGCCCCAGUUACUUCACUCCAUAUUAAUGGCCCCGUUGGACAGAACGGCCUGCUGAUAAUUUGGGAGAAACCUGUCAUGGAUGAAAAUGGAUGCAGCAAUGGAACAUUCAUUCAAGGUUAUCGGAUAUUCAUUGAUGGCGAGUUUUACAAGUCGAUAAUGGGAUCAGCCUGCACAAAGAUCCUGUUGGAAGAUCUUGACCUGAGUGUGCCAUUUCAAGUCAGUAUCCAAACGGUUGGAGCCAAUGGUCUGGCUUCUGAGAAAUUUACUGUCCUAUUUCUGAACAGCCAAUCACAUAAGAAACCAUUAUCAGUGCAACCCCACCUUUCACUGACUGAUCAGACUAACAAGACUUCAGAGACACUACAGUUCCUUGCUGUUUUUGAUUAUAAUCCAUUACAAGACAGUCCCAAUAUUCAUCCCAGCCAUGAACUGGCUUUUAAAGAGGGAGAUAUAAUUUGUUUGUAUGGAAAACAAAGAAAAGAUGGCUUCUGUGAAGCAGAGGUUAAUGGAAGGCGAGGUCUAGUACCAACAAGCUUUCUUGGUGCCAGCAUUGAAAUGCCAAAAACGUUGAAACACAAAGCAUCUCAGUCAAGGUCAGUAAGUUCACCUCCAGGGCAUCAUGGGAUACCUGAGAUUCCUAGCUCCUUAGAAGACAUCCACAAACAAAAGCUGAAUGACCGGCAAUGGUUAUUCAGAAGAACAUGAGUAUGAAGCUUAAAAGAUUGCCAUUAUUAUCUGAAGAUCUAAAUGUGCACUGCUAUAUUUGUCAAAUUGAAUUAUCUGGUAAAUCUGCAGUCUCUGCUGAAUGAACUCUUCUUCACUUACAUUCGGUGCUAAAUCCCAACAAAACCAUAGCCUUGUAUCAUUGCCUUUAGUUUAUUACCAUGUAAAUCUAUUUAAUUUUUAUGCUACCACCCCCUUAUUUCUUGUUUGUGCUCCUGGCCAAAGUUGUGUAUCUUUACACUUGGUCUUUUAUAUCCUUGUGCACUUUUCAUCUUUUUAAGUACAAAAGAAAGUGCUGACUUAGUCACAUGACUUCGGUGACAAAUCCACAUCAAUGUUCUUCACAGAAAUGUACUACAAUGCUACUGUCCUGCUGCAAACACAUGAAAAGCAACACUCAAAGCUCAACAUAAGUUUUCCUUAUUUACGCAUUCUAAAACAAAACAUGUAUAAAAAUUUGGCUUAUCUUUUUGCAUAUUACAUCAUCCAACCCAUUUGUGCUGAUGAUCAAUGCCUUGGACAAAUAACAAACAGAAGGACCUCUGUUGUAUAAAUGAAACUUCUAUCCCUACAUGUAUGUUGUAUGCAACAAACCUGUAUGUGUGCGGAAAGUGCAGAAUCAGUGUACUGUGCAGUUCUCCUGGUGGCAUGUGUGCAUGUUUUGGUCAACAGCCCUUUAAUUUUAAAAGGAGAUUUAUUAAGCACAGUUGUCACGAAGCAAAUUUGUUUAACAUUUCACUUCUUUUGAAGUGUGUCUCAGGAUCCAAUUCAGGAGGCAAUAGUGCUUACUCUUUGUUUGUUCUUUAUUUGUAUAUUAUAUGUACAGUAGAAGACAACUUGUUUGCACUCUUCAUUGUCUAUUGCACCUGAACAAACAACAAGUACUUUUAAUUUUUUUAAAAAAGAAAUAAUACUGCACUAACAACUUUGAGGUAUUUUAAAAAAUGAAAGUUUUCUUCCUAAAGUUGUUCUUGCAAGAAAAUCCCUUACAAAACAAUUGAUAAUUUGUCAUUAAAAAGGAGUAAUUUAUUGGUUGGUGCUGUAGUGUCAGUUCUGGUAUUUGGUUAAAAGGAAACCUCUGCAGUAAUGACAGCUCUUCCUGAAAAUUCCUAAAAGAACUACUUAAUAAGUUUAUAAAUUCUCUGAUACCCACAGUAAAAUGUGCAAAUUAUUAGACUUUGGAAUUUAAUGAUAUUCAAUAUCAUCCCAAAUUCCUUAGUUUAUUUAGGUUCCUAUGAUGGUAAUUGCAAACUGUAUUACGUUAUUAACAGAAAUAUAUUGGUUGUACAAAAUGUUACAAAACUAACAUAUUUCCCAUUAAACCACAUAAGUGAAACAUGAUGAAUGUCAAUGCAAAAUUUAUACUCUGUCCUAUUUAAUCAGUAAUGAAAUAGAUGGAAACAAUUUAAUUUAAUAACAUAUUUUGCCAGUAAUGUUGAGCUUUUACUGACUGGCAAAGAAUUUGGAUAAUCCAAAAUCAGUAAUUUUCUUUGCAUGCAACAUAGUGAUUCUGCUCAAAUGAGGAAAUGGAUGAAAUGCAGUGUUCCUUUUGCAAUUGCUUUUCUCCAAACCCUUAUAAUGUUUGUUAAUAGAAAACUUCAGUGCAUGAUUUGUUGAUCGUACUGUGGCCUUGUGACAAACAGCAAAUCUAAACUUUAAUCCAUUUAGAUAAAACCAGCGGAUGUGGAACAAUCUCCACACCAUUACCUUUUUCAUUUCCAGUAUGGCAAAAAAGAUAUGUAUAUAAUAUGUAUGUAUAUGUGUAUAUACACACACAUAUUUAUAAAUAAAUAUGGGAAUGUACAUGUGUGUGUAUAUAUAUUGUACACAACACAACAGAUUUUCUUUUUGUUUCAACGUGUUAUAAAUCCUUCAGUGCCUUAUAGAGGCAGAGAAGAAUUAAAAUUGUAAUACUAGGUUUCUGCACAAGCCAUGUUUGAAUUUUGUCUGUCCAAGCCAAACACUUACAAGGCUGUAUUAUUGUUUCUUAGUAUGACUUGGUCUUGAGAAUUUUCCUUAGUGCACAAAGGCCUUGCAAAACAAAUGGAAUAGAGUUUAGAUGUGUUUUAUUAAGGUAGAAGCAUAAGAAAAAUGUCGGCAGAUUUCUAAUGUACAGAUUACUGAAUUAAUGUAUUGUAGUCACCGCUGUUUCUUAAAUGGUUGUACAUCACACAUUUAUAAAUUGUUUAUUAAAUAACACUAAAGAUUACUUAAAAUCCUGUUGAUUUACUUGUUAAUAAAAUUGUAAGGUUAUUUUUGUAAGCUAGUAA